AGUAACGAUAUAGUAAACUCAAUUCUUACCCUUCAAAGCCACCAUAGAGGUUACUGCUGGAUUAACAUGGCAGCAUGGAAGCUCCCGAAGCUCGUCGGCACAGGGAUGAGCUUUCUGCAGUCGUCCUUGAGGUUUGGUAGACAGGCCAGCAGAAGCUCACUUGGAGUGAUGGAGCAGGUCAGGAGCUACUAUGUUGACUGGAGAAUGGUAAGGGAUGUGAAAAGGAGACAAAUGGCAUUUGAAUAUGCAGAUACAAGACUGCGCAUCAAUGCCAUUAGGAAGAAUACUGUUUUGCCAAAAGAGCUACAGGAGAUCGCUGAUAAAGAGAUAGCCGCACUGCCUCGAGACAGUUGUCCCGUGCGCAUUCGCAACAGGUGUGUGAUGACAUCACGUCCACGUGGAGUGAAGCGCAGGUGGCGUCUUAGUCGCAUUGUUUUUCGGCAUUUAGCGGACCACAACCAGAUGUCUGGAAUACAAAGAUCAAUGUGGUGAUCGGCCAUAAAUGCUCUAUUCUAGAACCUUGUCGUAAAAUAUAUUCUUGCAUAAAAUGUAAAGAUGCAGAGCUGCAAAACCAGUAUGCACCUGCUUGAUGCUGAGUGAUGGAGCAGUUCAGGAGCUACUAUGUUGAAUUUUUUUUUAUUCUACUAAAUUGACUCAGAUUUCACAUUACACUUUUUGUCUUCAACUGAUGGAAAAUUAAAUAAGUUAUUUUAUUGUACAUACAAUAAAAAUGUGUGAUGUGCUA